AUGAUGCUUGAUCAGAGGCAGAUCCUUCCAAUACUCUGUUGCCUGAUUCUCUUCCUUUCCCCUGCCAGUGGCAACAUUCGGUUUGAUCCAGAUGCUGACGGGAAUACUCUAGUUUGCACGUCGGCUGCUCACUCUAAUGUCGACGACUACUUUCGUCCUUCCCAAGGGCAAUGCGACGAUCCAUACCAAAACUCGACCCGAAUGGAUGAUCCCUUGUUGACGAUUGAUACUAUAUCGCCAAUACUACUGCAAAACCUCGCCGUGGCAUAUGCUCCCGUCAUCUUUUUCCACCCGCUCGAACGAUACACAAUGUCUAGUGUGGACGCGACGUUUUCACUUCCCGGUCGAGGCAAGAUCUACCAGACCACUGGCGGAGGAGAAAAAUUGAUUCAAGACCGUCUCAACAUGACAACACUGCUGAGAACCAGUAGAGAUCCGUUGUGGGCGCCCAAAUCUUCCAGUUUCUACUUUACAUUGGAGGAAUAUAUCAAAGAGCAGUACUACGCCAAACCCACAGAACAGUUUGGUGAUGGCUUUGAUGAAACAACGGGAAAGAGCAAGGCCAAAAUUUACUACAAUGUCUUCGAUUCUGGCAAUGGAACUUGGACCUUCAAUUACUGGCUAUACUAUGAGUUCAAUGGAGAAGCCAACAUGGGAAUGGUCACCACUUCCGAAGACGUUGGCACUAGGUUUUGGGGGUUCCUAAUGAAACCAUACGGUGUGCAUGAGGGUGAUUUUGAAGCUGUCUCGGUCAUGGUUUGCCCACCGGCCAGUGAAACUGCUGCUUUUGAGGAACUCGUUCCAGAGCCACUGGCAGUCCAGUAUCGGCAACAUAAUUGGGCACAACUGACAGAUUGCACCCAAGGAGAAUGCAAAUUCUACAAGGACACCUACCAUCCUGUGGGAUUCAGUGCACUCAACAGCCAUGCCACGUAUCCAGAGUCGGCCAACGAAAUCGUCUAUAUCAAUGUGGAAAUUGGAUUCUUUUACAACUUACAGUCUUACGUGGCUGUCGAUCGGACCAUGUACAAGAAAGAAGACGGAACGUACAACUACUUUAUGCCAACUGUUGACAAUGUAGAACGACUACAAAAGCCAGAAGACCUCACAUUGGAAGCAACACAGUUGAAGUCGCAUUUCUGGCAAGCCUUUGGAGGAAAUUGGGGGAGUGCAAAGCCCAUCAGCUUGGAAGCAGAGCCGCCUUUGUGCUUGGCAAAAGACCAGCUGAGUUUCGUUGCCUGUCCGACCCACGAUGAAGAUCCCAUUUUUGAUUUCGUGAUGCAAAUGAUGAAUGUUCGAGAGCCCCGAGCUGAAGUGGUGAGUCUUUUACAAGACGUGACUUCCAAGGUUGUUGAAGCGGCGGCAGUAGCCAGUGCUGGACCUAAGGGCCCUGUCACAAAGUAUUUCUAUGAGGAGUGGACCAAACCAAUCAAUGCACCACUUUGGAACUCUCAGCAGAAUGCGGAUCCAACCACGGCGGGUACAGAGUACUGCGUUGGUGCAUUCGAUGUUCCCAAUAUGACACAUAUUGGGAUCGAAGCCAAGACUGUGAAUGUAGUCGAUCACAUCUAUGCAAUGGUCUGCACAGUCAUCAUAUUGACCAUCCUUACCUUCCUUAUACCAAUCUUGAUUCUCAUCCGACAAGGGAGGUCGCACUACAAACCAAUUCGCAUGUCCCAAGAAGGUGUUCCUAGACCCCUGACGACCUUUGACCACAUGGUGUACAUGAUGGGAGCUCUGGUUUACACAUUGUUUUUCGUCAUUUUGGUCUCUGCUGGAGUGAUUUUCCUUCAUGGAAGUAACCAAAUGAUCGAUAUGCUGGAACAAUUCGUCCAUGGCAUCCGGUGGCAGUCACUACGAGAGUUUGUUUUCAUGCUUGGAGUGGCCAUCCUUGCUGCCAACACACUCCUUCUGGUCUUCAUGUGGCUGCAAGCGUUCGAAAUGAAGAGCUUGAUUCGACUGAGGUAUCUUCAGCUGUCAGGAUCUCAAACGUCCGUCGAUGGUCGACGACAAGUGUCUUGGGACAAGAAGUUUGUUCCCUGGAACCCUCUCACGGUUGAUAUAGUUUUCAAAUUGUGUUUCGCCCUCCUGUUCCUUUCCAUGAUGUUUGCAAUGAUCUGUGUUCUACUUGGUGUUGCGGUUGUUGGCUUCGCAGCGGCAUUUGUACAAGCUUGCAACGCGACUUUGGGAUCACUGAACUACUUAUGCAUAGACCUUAGCUUUCUCGGAAUCCAACAAGUGGCCUGUGGGGACGACUUUCGGUCCUUCUGCAACCAGUGGGCUCAAAGUGAUACCAAAUUGAUACUCUGGUCCUCUUUCCUCGUUUUCCUAUCCCAUUUUUAUAUCAUUGCUUCCACCGGAUAUGCUGCUCAGCAACGACGAUCCAUCCCCGCCCUAUUGGCGUUGUAUCCUGAACCUGAAAAAGGCGAGCAUACGGGUGGAUCCAAAGCAACGAUGCUGGAAGAACAUCCUGGUGAAAUGCGGAAUGACGAGCCGCCACGGUAA